GUGUGUCUGAAAAGCAACAACAGUGAUCUGUAUAAUGUUUGUUUUUUUACUAAAGCAGAUGAAAAUUGAGAUUAGGUUUAAAAAGGAUAGUGAAUUUAUUGGGCUUUCAUUUCUGUGAGAACCAUAAUCCCAAUGAAAAUAAAAGCUUUAUUAGCUCAUGAAUUAUCGCUGCUCGCCUGCUUAUUUCUUCGACAUUAUUUUCCCCGGGACCUUUAUCAUAGUGCGUUGGUAGUAAGACUGACCUGACUUUCCUCUUUACAACUUGCUUUUGCCAGUUGCUGUACAGCAUUACUACAACAAUGGCACCAUCUGUACCCUGUUAAUGAAACCUCUGGUCUGGCCGACAGGAAAUGGGCUUCUAUUUCUAAUAGCUUGAGAAGCUUUUUGUUAUUUCUAAGGAUCAUUUGAAUUGACUUUUUAAGAACAUGCUCUCAAGUGAUUUUUUUUAUGUAGGCUGUUUAUGUUUCUUAUUUUGUAAUCACAUCCCUGUGCUCUUAAAAUGUUAUAUUUUUAGCUGUGUCUGAAUUAUCUUUCUUUUCUUUUUUACCGCACCAAGCUCAGUGUGGCUGUGCCACAGUGUCCUGUUCCACAACCUUGUUCCCCCUUCACACAUUUAACUGAAAUCCUUCAUAUCAUUAAAGUAAAUGGCAGGCCAUGAAGGUGAAACUAAUUGAGGGAUGAGGAUAGAGGAUCAGGAUUUCUACAAUGAAAAGCUAGAAAAGCUCUCUCCUGGGACCAUGUUUGUAACCAGGUGGGAAGACCCGGUGCAGUGGUCAUAAGUGCCGACUUUACUGCCGUUUACACACAAAUCUUCUCUGUAAGCCAACUGCAAACCAUCUUGAUGGUGACAUUGUGGCCGUGUUGCACCUUUUUAAAUUGUAUAUCCAUUCACAUGCACUUUGGGCUUUUGGAGAAGAAUAGAAACAACAUCCUAGAACAUAUUUUUAGGAAACAGAAAAUAUUGCGCCCAGUGUACGUGCAAAAGAUGUCAGGACAAAAUAUAAGAAGGCACAGAGAAACCCUGAGACGGAAACACAGAAGUGAUAUACCAACGUAUUCAAGUAGGCCGUAAGGAUAGGUGUGGGGCGGUGAGUGCCCAGUAAGCUGUGCCGUCUCAGAGACACACAUUCACUUUCACAUAUUGACUUCUAGCAGGAUAAGUACUUCCCAUCUGUUUCCCCACCAUUCUUCAUCUGCAUCCAUUAUUGAGCUCUUGAAGUGUCCUCUGAUCCCUCUCAUCCAGCCACUCCACCGAAUUAUUUCUCGCUCUUGGAAUUUAUUGGAGCAUCUCAACCACCUUCACUCCCCUUUUCACAAUGAAAACCUCCAGUGGACAUUGUAAACUUCCUGGGCCCAGUCCCUGUAAAGCACCACCAUUGUCUCCACUUGCAGCAGUGGUGUGUGAAACUAAUAUGAGCGUACUAUUAGUUUGACCUCAAGCUGCACAACAACAUUCUAGAAAUAUUCUUGGAUGGGGCUGCGGUUGAAACUGGUAAAGCAAAAAAAGUAUGAUAGUAAAUUCUUUAAAAUGUCUAAUGGUAAUAAAGUGUACAUAUGUUUAGCUCUUUAUACCAAAUAGCUGGUAUAAAGAGCAGCCUUGUGACAUUUCUGUAGAUUAAAUAAAUAGUCUCACCUGCAUAAUUGUACACUAUACCAGUAAAGCAAGUGUAAAGAUGCCUGUAUUGUAUGACGUUUGCUUUAAUGCAUUAAACUGAAAACAUUGAAAGAGGAAAAGAGGACUUUCUGAAUAUAUUUCAUACACAUCCCAGUCAGUUAUUUGCAAGCCUGUAUGUGUGUUAUCGAGCGAGAGAGAUGUCUGUGCGAUUGUGAAUGCCAUAACGAGGAGAAACAUUCCCACUGUAUUUUUUUCAGUGUGCAGUCAUUCAAGUUGAACAGGCUUUCUGAUCCUCCUUCAUCAGCAUGUUGAUGCUCUUCUGAAUCUCAAGGGCAGCGAGCUGCUCAUUGCCGUGAGGCAGAUUGCUUCUCGUUCUCAAGGGGAUAUGAAAUGGGAGCAGCCGAUCUACACCACCAGGGCCCAUGUCUUCCAAAUUGACCCAACCACCAAGAAGAACUGGGUCCCUGCCAGCAAGCAGGCCGUCACCGUCUCCUAUUUCUACGACAGCACGCGCAACAGCUACCGCAUCAUCAGCGUGGAUGGAUCCAAGGUGAUUAUCAACAGUACCAUCACGCCCAACAUGACGUUCACCAAAACAUCGCAGAAGUUUGGCCAGUGGGCGGACAGCAGGGCCAACACCGUGUUCGGACUGGGCUUCGCUUCGGAGCAGCAGCUGGCCAAGUUUUCUGAGAAGUUCCAGGAGGUAAAAGAAGCGGCAAAGCUCGCAAGGGACAAAUCUCAAGACACGGUGGAGAUGUUGAGUAAUCACUCCCAGCAGGAGUCUGGACGUGAGACACCGACAACUAACCAGGCGUCCAGCAUUAAUGGAACAGAUGAUGAGAAAAUCUCUCAUGUCGAUCCGGAGGCUGCUGUGCUGCAAACUGAGAACGAACAUCUCAAGAGUGCAGUAGAACAGAGCAACACCAACACCAAGAAGUGGGAAACAGAGCUGCAGACUUUAAGAGAAAAUAAUGCCAGUCUGGUGGACGCACUGCAGGAGUCCUCGGCUAAUGUUGAGAGCUGGAAGAAACAACUUGGUGUCUGCAAAGAAGAGAGUGACGCGCUCAGGGAAAAGAUUGCAGAACUCGAAGCUCAGUGUAACGAAGCCGAUCAGGACAAACAGAAAAACUCCCAAAUGUCUGUCCGAGUGCAGGAGCUACAGACGGAGCUGCACGAAAAAGAGCAGGAGUUGGAGAACCUGAGGAAGCAGGCAGAGAUAAUCCCUCAGCUCAUGGCGGAGUGCGAGAGCAUCACUGCAAAACUGCAGACUGCCGAGACGAGGAACAAGGAACUGGAGGACAGAAUAGAGGGUCUUCAGCUGGACAUAGACGACAGUCAACAGAAGCAGGGCAACAUGAAGGGCGAGCUGAAGAAGUUCAUGGAUAUGCUGGACGGGAAGAUAGACGAGCUGCAUGAGUUCAGGCAGGGGCUGUCCAAGCUGGGUGUUGAUAACUGAGUAAAGUGGCACUGAGCUGAAAGGGUCAGAGGUCAGGUACGAAGGAUUCACUACAGUGUGUCUUCAGGGCAGAAACUAUUCGGCACCUACUCCCCCAAGGUGACGUCCACUCAGACACUAUCAGCUUUGGCUUCUAAUAAACACGACCAUGUGAGAGAGAGAGGUGUUUUCUGGAGAGGGAGAGACUGGCAGGGCGAAGGCCAGCAUGCUCCACCUAAUGGCUCCAAUUUGUGUGCUGGCAUUCUGAAACUAAAUCAAGAGUCACAAUUUGAGUUUACUAAUCCGUUUCUGUUGUGUGUGUGUGGGGGGGGGGGGGGAUAUUUAAAAUUAUGGUGGUGGCUUCUUAGAUUUGGUAUUUAUUUUUUUCCCCUGUAAAGGCUGCAGCACUUCUUUACAGGCAGCUUGGAGUAGAAGAGGACGUAAAAGGGCUAAACCGAGGAACACAGACGAUGCUGAUCAGCAUCUCUCUAGUAAUAAUUGGUGUUCAUCCUCGUGGCCCCCCUCAGAGAAUUAGAGAUGAAAUAUUUCUCCAGGCUUUCCUCGCUGUUGCCUCUCGUCUAUCUCAGGUGUGUCAGAAGACAGUUCGUACUCAUUGGAUUAUAUGCACAUACGUGACAAACGGCCGUGACACAAAGUGCCUCCAGGUGAGUCCAGACCUACCUGGUGAGGAGAACUGGCCGAGUGGUGACCAUACCAUGAACUCUGACAACAAUCCACCUGUAAACUGAGACCCGAAGAAGAUGCAGGUAGGCGCGCCCAUCCUGAGGAUGUAAAUGGGUGUUACCAUGGUGAUGAACUCAACGAACACAAAUUGUGUUUGCACAAAAGCUAGUCCGAGGAGAGACCGCAGCCGGAAGCAUCGACUCUCUCGUGGCUGUUUGCAGUCAACGCUCCUUCUGAUUACACGUUGCAUGAAGAAGGAAUGCUCUGGUUUCAGCUUUCCUUCAGGAACAUCCCAAAGAAAUGAUGCCCUCUUUUCCCCCUGAGUGGAGUGUCGUGUUCAGAGGACUUUGUGUGCGCAAUAGUAUUUUUGUCCAUGUGUAGAAUAAAUAUGUCUCCGAGGCCGUUGAAGUACUUCUUCCACACUAGUUUUUGUUAUGGUGGUGGUUAUUUUUGGCGGGGGGGACUUGGUGCUGCUCGGUGGGAGAAUAACGUGAAAGUGUAUUUCAAUGAAAACAUUCGGUUUGGCACCGUCGAAUUCUUGGUUUCCGUUUUACAUAUUUAUUUUUGGUGCCGCUUUGCAACUACUGUUUCUAGAACAAACCAAGUAAAUCAACCUUCACCUAAUGUCUUUAGAUAAUAUAUUGAAUAAACCAAACCGUCAGGAUUCAGAGUUUUGCAGAAUGUUGUCGCAGCUGCUUUUGGGGAAGUCCUGGAACAUGGGACAUUUGAAAUCAAAGGCGUAUGUUGUCGGUAUAUUUGCGGGGUAAUGCUAUGAUGUUAUAAGUCUAUAUUUUUUCAUCACUGUUUUGAUCUAUGAAGGGACGUUUUGCUUCUCUCUCAGUGUAACUCCACUGUUUAUAAGUCUCCUGAACCUGGAACACGAUGUAUGAUCCUUCCUUUUAAAAUGCCUCUUGUGCACUUGUGUGACGACUCCUGUUCAAUAUUGUACCAAAAAAAACCUGACAAUUGUUAAAAUUUAGUUUAAUUACAA